AUGUUGGCUGCAUCACAAGACAUUGACAAUUUUAUCGAGCGUCAACGACGUCAACUUAAUGCUGAUCGUACUGGCCGAUCUCCAAAUGUUAAUAAUAAUGUAAAUGUCAAUGAUCGACUAGACUUUAAAGUAGCAAGAAUUCUGGAUGAACCACCACCUCAACGGCGUGGACCUGGUCCACAAAGUGCUCCUAUUUCCUACCAACAACCUCCACCUCAACCGCUAUCUUUACCUCCACUCCCGCCCACUGAACAGUCUUUUGAACCAUUUUCUCGACGUUCAUCGGGUGAUCAAAAUGAUAUCACAUUUUUUCAGAGAUUUGGCACGUAUGAUGAACGCCGUUCACAAUUAAAACAAGAUUUAAAGCGUGAAUAUAAUGAUUUUCUACGUUCAAAAAAGAGUAAAAGUACGUCACAAUUAAAUCAUGAUACUCAAAAUGAAUACACAGCACCGCAUGAUAAUCGAAGACGUGUUCAAUUUAAUCAACGAACAACUAGAAGAACAAAUAACAACGGUAAGGAGGUUGUCGCUCCAUGGGAAAAAGACGAACGAUCAAAAACCAUAAAAGCUGUUCAAAGUAUGAACGAUUUAUCGGCAUAUGAAUCAAAUUCAAGUGGUAAACGUUCAAACUUACGCAAUACAACGAUGGACUAUUCAGUAUCAACUGAUGAACAAUAUAUUAGAGAUAGAGAAUCGUACGUUUUAGAAUUACAAUCGCAAAUAAGAGAAUUAGAAGCACGAAAACAGCAACUUGAAUCAGGUAUGCGGUCUGGUAGUGGCAGUUCUGGUCAUGCCGAAGAUCUCAGUGCACUGAACACAUUACUCGCACAGCGUCUUAGUCAACGAAAUGCCAUUGAUUCAGAUCUUGCACGAAUUCUCAACCGUCCAGCUAUUUCAAGUAGUCCAUCACUGGGUGAGAUGCGAAUUAGUCCUCGUGGCGGUGCUGGCCAACAGAUACGUUCACAAUACUCGAAUAAUAAUCGAGAUCAACAACAACAACAACAACAACAGUAUACUCAGCGUCCUUACGAAAAUAGGAGUAACAGAAAUCAAAUACAACACUACGACAACAAUGACAACCAGAAUGGUGGGUUUCAAAUUGGUCGAGAAGCCGAUAAAGAUGCAGAGCAAGCGAAUAAAAAACGUUAUCAACAAGAAUUGCAACAACAAAUGCGUGAAGCCCAAAUGAGAAAAAUGAAGGAAAAAGCAGAUAAAGAUGAGUAUGAUCGUAAAUUAGAAGCAGAUAUUCAAACGUAUAAUUAUUUUGGUCGAGGUGGUGGCGGAGCACCAAUGAGGGACAAAGAUGGAAAUGUUGUCGCCAAUUUGGCUGAUCUAAAUACAAAGCCACCUCAAAUGUCAUCACGUCAACCACCAUCUUCACAACAAUAUCAACAUCCACAACCACCUUCACAACAAUAUCAACAUCAACAAGAUGAUAAAAUUUAUCAAAUUGGGACCAGUUCAAUUCACGACGCGCCAUAUUACAAUGGUGAACAAGUGGGACAGAAUUCAGUACGGCCAGAAUCACCGAAUUAUGCACGAGGAGGCAAUGGUAUAUUUGGUAAUGCUAAAACUGAUGCACAAAAAGUUCAAGAAGAAAAAUAUAAACAAGAUUUAAAACGUCAAAUUGAAGACAAACGUCAACGUGCAAUUGAUGAAAAAAAUAAAGUGAAAGCUGAAGAAGAAAAAGAAAUUGGACGUUUACAAGCUCAACAGCAGAAAAUUCAAGAAGAAUACGAAGCUGAGCUUGUAAAGAAAAAAGAUAAAGAGGCUCAGGCGGCAAGAGCUCAAGAACAAUUACAUGAUCAACUUGAACGACAGAAACAAGAAGAUAAUUUAAUGAAACGAAGGUCUGAUUUAAAAAAACGACGUGAUAAUCCACAAAGCCAAGAUAAUAACGAAAAUGAAAAUAAUGAACACAAUGGUGGAAUUGAUCAAGAUCAUAAUAAUCAAGAAUCAAAUUUUGAUAACAAUCAUCAUCAGCAACGAACUUCAUCACCACCUGUUCCAGCUUUGAUGAAACAAGGUACAGGAGGAACAAAAAAAACAUUAAAAAAUGAACGUCGACCAUCUAUUGAACAACUUGAUCUAAAUAAUAAUGAUAUGAAUGAGAAUAUGAACGGUGGUGAUGGUAGUGUUGGAAACAGACAAACUUAUAGAAAACCACCAACAUCUAGACAACCAGGUACGUCACAAAAACGUGAACAAACAUUGCAUGACAUACUAGAAAAAAGUUUUAUUACAGACAUAACACCAAAACGAAAACCACCGCAGACAACAAGACAGCGGCAACGAUCAAAUUCAAAUGGUGGUAUAACUACUGGAAUGCCCAUGAGGACUAAUUCGAAUAUAAGUCUUCGAAGUGAUGGUUCAUCGUCGGAAGUAUUAAAUCGACUGGAAAAUAUGAAACGACAAUUGAAAGAUAAAGAGGAACGGUUACGAUUACAUGUUGAACGAAAUCAUAAUGAACAAUCAACAACAAAUAGCGGGCUACUGUCUGAUAUCGAUGAAUUAGAUGCAAAAUCACAUAAGAAGACAACAUAUAUUCCACCUGAUACGCGGAAAAAGAGUCCAUUUCUCACAGGACCAACUCGUGUUCGACGCGGUUCACCACAACUUGGUGAUGGAAAAUCAAAUAAAUUUUUUAACGUAUUUCAUGAAGACGAAGAGUUCAAACCACAGUAUUUUCGUGAUGAUUCUAUUUUGUUACCUGGUAGUAAUUAUCGAACGAACGAUGAAUACGCUUCUUCGUCAAAACGUGUUGAUUUUGCCGACGGAAUGUUUCCCACAAGUUUAGAAGACGCCAUAGAUAGACGGCAAGUUCGACGACGACAGGCUGAUCCGCCGCGACAUUAUGAUCGCGAUGAUCCAUCAAGUAUGGCAAGUUUAGAGCUUAAUCGUAUAGCCGAACAGAAUGAGCAACGCUUAAAGAAACUUCGUGACUUAGAGAGCGAUGAUACGUCAAUGCUUGAUUCAAAUGAAGUACUUGAGCGUUUUAUUCAAAAACAAAAACUACAACGGCGACCCAGUGAAGUAACAUUACAGGAUGAUGCGUGGCUCAAAUGA